GUUCUCUGUGCAUUGUCAGUGCAAACGCGACCCUCUGACAAGCAGGCAGCCAGGCGACCCAGCGACGGAUCCACAACAUAUCUAAAGUACAAUUCAAUCAAUUAAUUAAUUAGCUAAGCCAAAGCUAAAAGAGCGAGCAUGAAGCACAGCGUUUGCCUGGCCAUCGGCCUGCUGGCACUGCUGGCUGCCACCUGCUGCACAGCUCUGCCCAUGGCCAACGAGGAGGAGCUCGUCUCGCUGGACUCCAUGGAGCAGGGCCAGUCAGGCCAAGCACAACCACAGGAGCUGCCGCACAUCUUGAAAAUAGCGCCGAAACAACAGACGAACGAGGAGCCGGAGCCAAUCAAGAGCAACGUCUACGACACCAUCGUCGAGCAGCUGCGCGCAGCGGGCGUAAACACGUCCGAGCAGAAGCCCUUGAACACGCUCAGCUACAAGGAGCUGACACGCCUACUCGCCCUGUGGCACAUGGCCCAGGGACGCAACUACUACGAGGCCGGCAACAAUCGUGCCCAGCGUGAGGCAGCCACAGCCCAGCCGAUUCCCAGCUAGAGCAAAGGGUGAGAGCAGAGGCUAAGCUUCUGCCGGGAUCAGUUAUAUAAUUUUUUUUUUUUUUUUAAAUCUUUGUUUAUUAUUACUAAGCUGCAUUUUCCAUAAUCGAAUGUAAAACGCGUUGCACUUAAUAAAAAAAAAAAAAACUAACGAAA